AUGAAAAUAUAUAAAAAAAGAAAUUUUUUCUCAUUUAAAAUUUCAAUUCCAAGUGUAACAUGGCUGUGUGUCACUUCAUCUUUUUUAACAUUUUUUUUUUGUGUCAUUUGGUCGAUAUUAUAUAAUUUUGAAGAAGCUAAUGCUACUCAUUGUUCUGUAGAAAAUUUCUUACCUUCAAUAUCGGCUGCAAUAGGUCAUUUUUAUCCUCAAAUAUAUGUAUGGAACACUUCUGUUAUUUUACAAAUGAUUCCAAGAUUAAAAAUAGCAACCAUUUACCUUCAUUAUUAUUCAUCUGUUAUUCAUGAAAAAUAUUUUCAUCUAUGCUAUUUAUCAUGGAUUUUUAAUAUUUGUGAAUUAUGGGCUUUAUUAGGAUUAUCAUUGAUUACCUCAACGAGUAAUUACAAUAUUCAUGCAUUUUGCUUUGUUUCAUUUUUAUUUUCGUCCAUGUUUUAUAUGGUUCUAUCGUGCUUUCUACUUAAAUUUAGAAGGAAAAUUCCAUUGGAAAAUUCGGAAAAAGGCAGCGUAAAAUGGAAAAUUAGAUGUUCCAUUAUAAACAUAUGUUGUUUUUUUUUAGCAGGAUACUUUUUUAGAAGGCAUAACAUAUAUUGUGAGCCUAGAGUUUAUUCAUUAUUUGCAUUUUUCGAAUAUGGUGUGGUAGCUAGUAACAUAUUAUUUCAUUUUUCUGCCGUUUGGGAUUUUUACGAUAGAAUCAUGACAAUAGAUUCAUCUUAUUGUGGAUUUCAAAUCGAUUACAAUCCGCCAUAUAAGUCAGCGAUAUAUGAUUUUAAAUAA